CGAGCAUCCACUUCAAUGAACGUGCUAGUGUAUCCCAGUACACACCCAGCCACUCCUUCUCUCAUUCAAACGCUUACUUCAUUAUUGACACCGCACUAUCUACCACAGCCGCUAACACCCUCUCAACUCUCCGUACAAGAAUACCCAUGGCACACCUCUUGCGCUCUACUCCUACUCCUCUCCCCUCCCACAGAUCAUGAAGCUGUCCGUAAAUAUAUCGAGUCCGGUGGUAGGAUAUUAGCAUUCGGUGUUGGCGUCAGAAAAGGCACUCUAUUUGGAUCGAGUCAUGACUUUGGAUCGCUAUCCGCGGGUCUUGGUCUGGGUAUGGUGAAAGACACCACUAUACUCAGAGUCGCUGAUGGAAGCGCAUCCCUCUACAUCUCCUUUUCAACUGCUACUGGAACAAGCGCGGAUGUACUGAUUAACGACACGGUGGUAUCUGUAUCCAGAUUACCCACAUGUCCUUUGGAUAUUGAAGCACACACCCUCGGUCGUUACGUGGAAGGGAAUGCGCCUGCCGGUAUCUUAUCUCAAAGCGGGCUUAUCGCGAUGUGGAAUUGCACACCACCCCUUCCCGAUAUCCUGCUGUCACGAUCGCUAUCCGCACUUGGUCUGCGCUUCUCCUCACAGAGAGCUGAUCCCAGUCUUGAGCCUCACAUUCUGCCUCAGUUUCUUCUGGCUCGUCCAGAUUCGUGGCAGGUGCAGCACCGCAUCGUAGAGGCGCUGCUCGAUCAUUUAAAUCUUGGGUUAGCUGUCGGCGAUGAAUUACAGCGCAAGUGGGAGCCAUUUAUAUUCGAAGAUGCCAAUGACGAUUUCCACUUCCACUUCCCAUCCUUCCCUCCUGCGGACAGAACUACCGAUCACCCCAUACUCGAACUCAUUUCACCAAAUUUCCUCUCAAACCCGAAAGUCAAACACGUACUCGUACCUUCAAAACCUCUAACUCCUGAGGAUGAACGAAUCUACACCCCACAAUUCUCAUCAUCUGCCUUCUUCCGUGCCGUAGACGAGUUCCACGCUGGGACGGAAGACACAAACCCAGAAACUUGGCGCAUCGGCGAAGCACUCAUAUACGGCGAAGUAGUCUCCAGCACCCAAACAAUGUUUGACAAAAACCCAUCUUUUCUCCGCGCACUCCCCUCUCCCAUCGACGUGGUAGAGGCGGGUAACGCGUGGCUCUCACCUGCAGGGUGCUUGCAGAUGUCACUCAAGAUUCGUGUCGGGCUCAAAGGGUCUUCAUCAGAUCGAUAUUGCGCAGUACCAGGCCCCACAAUCCGUCCUUCCAACCUCUGGGCCCACAAAAUCCGUCUGAAAUGGCCUAAUGACAUUUAUGGCCUCUUCCCGUCUUCAACUUCAAAUACAAAAUCAACGCCGGAACCACGGAAAAUGGGCGGGAUACUGGUAAAUACCAGUUUUGGCGGUGGCGUGGCAGAUAUAGUAAUCGGAAGCGGUCUCAACGUCCUAAACGCACCACCCAUCGCCUCACUCGCCCAACUCGCAUCUACACCUACCUCAGGGCUCUCCGUAGAACGUGUAGCGGCAGCGGUCCUCACCUCCUUUGAGCGCAUAUGGAAUUCUUUUUUGCAGAAUGAGGAACAGGGGUUUCAGCCGUUCAUGGAUCAAUACCUCCGAUCAUGGUUACAUUCAGACCAGCUGGUCACACUAACGAACCGGACUCCACACCGAAGUGUCCGCAUCGUCGGUAUCACUCCCGAUCAUGGGUUGUUGCGUACUGUGCCGAUGGGCGGUGGAGAGUUCAUUGAUUUACAGCCUGAUGGGAACAGUUUUGAUAUGAUGAAGGGGUUGAUAUCGACGAAGAAGGGGUAGGUGGGAACGCCGACCAUGCAGAACCGUUAUGAAAUCAUUGAUCAAUCACAUUACACUGGCAUGCGAAAGACGCCCAUCUCAUUCAACACACUAAGAUCAAUCCAGUCCUUACACAAGAACGCCUAACCCGUCUGGCCUGACUGUGAUAUCAAUCACUUCAUCCGUCAUUGGGUUGGUGUUUGGAGGGAUACAUUGUCUGGGCUGGAAUUUCUUGUUUCCGAGAGAUGCAGAGCAGAUAUUACGACGUGACUUCCAUUGGGAUGACCGCUAUGUCGCGUUGAUUCCUGGAGGUUUCAGCAUCAGCAUGUUUUACAUUUUUGCACAUGACACAAAUAAUUGUACUUGUCUUGCUGGGUCCAAGCUACUGUAUCG